AUGUUUGCAGAGUUGGUCCAGACCCCUGUCCGAGAACCACCCAGCUCGCAAAUUGCAAAGCAAGAUGCAAAGCCAAUUGACGAACAAAUCGUCCCCCUCACCACAAGUUUUUCCGAAAUCUCAAUCUUAGAGAGCCCCGAGAAACCAAGGAGUCGGAAAAAAGCAGCACAAGAAGAUGUGUCGGUUGUGGUGGGCGAGCCUAGAGUUUGUGAUACUGGAAAGCCAAAGAGAAGGUCUGCCAAAGGUGCCAAGCCAAUUGCUAUUGAAGAAGACAUUUCAGAAGAGACUAUUCAAGUUUCAGAAGAUGAAACCGUCAUAAAUCUGAAAGAAGAACGCCAACGCGGGAAGCCGCGGACACGCGAGACCGUAUCGAAAAUCAGGACAAAAGACCCUGUUCCUUCGAUAGCGCAGGAGCCAGCCUUGAGAGUUCUCACUUGGGGCGAUGUCUGCCCUCCUGGAGACCAGAUUACCAAGAUUGCCGAAGCUUCAUCCGCAGAGGUUUACCGCAUCACCAACAAACGAGGCACGAGCAUCAUCAAGGCCAUACGACUGCCUUCACCAAUCAAAGCCCUGACAAAGGCGCAGGUAGCAUCCGGCCUCAUUGAUGAAGAGCCCCAUUCAGAGAUCGAUGUCAACAAUGAGCUACAAAUAUCCGAAUGGCUGGCCGACAUUCCGGGAUUCGCUGUUUAUAAAGAACGAUACAUUGUAAAAGGGAGAACGACAAGCGAGCUUCUGGAAACGCAUCAAACGGUGCAGAAGAGGAUGAAGAGAGAAGAUCCCGGCAGAGCACAAUAUUAUCCAUCACCGAGCCGGUAUCUAGAUGACACAGCCUUCUUAGUUGUGGAACUAGGAGAUGCAGGGAAGUCACUGGAAAACUGGGAAUUGGACAGCGUGGAUCAAUUGUGGGACAUUUUCCUCUUGGAAGCGAUUGCACUAGCAAGAGCUGAAGAAGUCGCCAUGUUUGAGCAUCGCGACUUACAUGAGGGUAAUCUCUGCAUCAAGCAAGCCCGCCCUCCUCGGCAGAGGGAUCCUAAAGUAGAUGGCUUCUUUGGCUAUUCUGGCUUAGACAUCACAAUCUUAGACUAUGGGCUCUCACGAGCUGAAGACCUGACAAACGAUGAUGCCGCGCCCAUCGUCUACGACCUGGAGAGGGAUCUCAGCCUAUUCACUGGCACUUACAACCCGCAGUGCAAAGUCUAUAGGCAAAUGCGGUCUUUCUUACUCCGUGCUGACCGAAACUGGAUGCCACCCGAAGCCCACAAUAUCCCUUAUGCCAAAGGUAUUGACGGGCCGCUUUCUUGGGACGCAUAUGUGCCUUACACGAAUGUGCUCUGGCUGGCUUAUACGUACGAGUACCUGGUGGAGCAUUUUGAAGGUAACAAGAGAGAACUCACAAAGUUCAAGAAAGAGACGGCAGAGCUGUGGAAGUAUUUGAACCCGGACGCCCCUAAGAAUGUGCCUGCUUUCGGGUGCGCGGCUGAUGUAGCGUGCUUUGCAUUGGAGUCUGGCUGGAUCCGGGAAGACCAGCUUUUAGGAGCAUCGACCACUCUGCUAGAGAGAGAGGACAGCAUCAUUGUCUCAAGGAGUUCAGAGGACGUUGAAGCGUCGCUGCGGAGAUCAAGAAGAACGCGUAGGUCGUGA